GUGCUAGCUAGCAGAACAUGGCAGGCAAAGUAGCCUAAUAUCUGGGUUACAGCGAACUAGUUUGUGUUCAGUUCUCACAUAAACUUGGUGACGCAAGUUUACAAAGUAAUCUGUUUGAUUUAAUCCAAGAGCUGCAAGCCAUGUUUGCUCCAGGAGCAGUGAAUAGACACCAGACCAGGCUGUGUGCGCCCAACAGACCUAACAUUAGCUAGCGGGAGCUAACCGGGGCUCCGCUGCGGAACGAGUUUGCUACCGGAGACCCGUAGUACUACGUGUAUUUCAUUAUAGUAAUACUAUAAUAACACGUAGUACUAUAGCCGAGACGUAUACUUCAUCAUAGUAAUACUAUAAUAACACGUAGUACUGUAGCCGAGACGUAUACUUCAUCAUAGUAAUCCUAUAAUAACACGUAGUACUAUAGCCGAGACGUAUACUUCAUCAUAGUAAUCCUAUAAUAACAUGUAGUACUGUAGCCGAGACGUAUACUUCAUCAUAGUAAUACUAUAAUAACACGUAGUACUAUAGCCGAGACGUAUACUUCAUCAUAGUAAUACUAUAAUAACAUGUAGUACUGUAGCCGAGACGUAUACUUCAUCAUAGUAAUACUAUAAUAACACGUAGUACUAUAGCCGAGACGUAUACUUCAUCAUAUUAAUACUAUAAUAACAUGUCGUACUGUAGCCGAGUCGUAUACUUCAUCAUAUUAAUACUAUAAUAACAUGUAGUACUGUAGCCGAGACGUAUACUUCAUCAUAUUAAUACUAUAAUAACAUGUAGUACUGUAGCCGAGUCGUAUACUUCAUCAUAUUAAUACUAUAAUAACAUGUAGUACUGUAGCCGAGACGUAUACUUCAUCUUAGUAAUACUAUAAUAACAUGUAGUACUGUAGCCGAGACGUAUACUUCAUCUUAGUAAUACUAUAAUAACAUGUAGUACUGUAGCCGAGACGUAUACUUCAUCAUAUUAAUACUAUAAUAACAUGUAGUACUGUAGCCGAGUCGUAUACUUCAUCAUAUUAAUACUAUAAUAACAUGUAGUACUGUAGCCGAGACGUAUACUUCAUCUUAGUAAUACUAUAAUAACACGUAACUAGUACAAGGGCCUUUUCCGUCUUUCUCUCUUUCCGUUCUAGCUUUCACAAUAAAAGCCCCAGACACAUACACUGGAACAUUACUUCUUAGAGGGAUCUUAGGGUAGCCUUCACAAUAAAAGCCCCAGACACAUACACUUAAGGGUCAUAGGUGCUCUGGUGAAAACCGACGAGCAGGACGUGAUCAACUUCCGGCUGACGACAGAGAUCAUCCCGCUAGUGUCUCCGCGUCAGGGAGUCUGGCAGCGAGCUCUCGAAGACGGUUGCAACGUUCAUACUCCAGAAGAUCCUCCUGGAUGACACAGGGCUGGCGUACAUCUACCAGACGGCAAAAUGGUUCUCCAGCUGUCCAGAGAUCCGUCAGCGUGGUCCGCUGUUACAUGCGUCUGUCGGACAACUCCAGAGCCACUGAAGCUAUACGGCAGUGUCUCCCUGACCUGCUCAAAGACACCACCUUCGCCCAGGUCCUGAAGGACGACACCACCACCGAGCGCUGGCUGCCCCAGCUGGUGAAGAACCUGCAGGAGGGUCAGGUCACCGACCCCCGGGGAAUUCCCCUCCUUCCACAGUGACCCCCUACCCUGCAGAGAAGUGCCUUGCUCAUGGACGGAUGGAUAACACCAGAAACCUGCCUGAGGAUGUUCUCAGAAGCUGGGAGCUUGAGCUCCUGCCGUGGUUUGAAAGACAUUCACAUAUGUUGCCUCGUGUUUUGCAACAUCUACAAUAAAUGCUCCACAAACAGCCGCUUGAGCGCAUUCAUUCUGAUCUGAGUAUUGAAGGCAUGUUCUGGAGACCAGGAAGUAGGGUUCCCUCUCCUCUGACAUCACUUUCUGUUUUCAACCAACGAUCUCAAACUCUUUGUGUCGGAGGACUUCACGUUUACAUUCUCAGGAAUGUUUUCAUGAGGUGCUGC